UCUAAAGCUCAGCUCAUCAACAUCGGACACAGGGGGUUCGCGGCUCCUCUAACUCGGACAACCAAAAACUGUCCCCCCUUUCUCUCCUCCCACUCCCACCCAUAUUUCUCUCGCUUCCUUCGCUCGACACCACCGCGGGGAGCCAAAAAAAUGGGGCGUGCUCUUUACACACACUCUCUCCCCACGGUCUUCCCUUUCCCGAUCUUUCCUAAUGCCCUUUCUCCGGCCAUCUCCGGAUAGAUAGGUGGAUCGAUCGAUCGAUCGGUCGGUCAGCCCCCUAUCCUGUGGCUGCUGAUAUCAGAACCGCCGGCUGGAAAGGAAACGACGACUGCCUUUCCACUCCCAUCUCUCUCUCUCUCUCUUGCUUUCUCGCCUCUUCUUCCGGGUCUCCUUCCAGCUUCGAUCUGAGCGGGAACGCCCAAUGUUGCUUCCUCUCCGCCCUUGUCCGCUCUGAUUCCACUCAUCGCGGUAGCGUACCGCUGGUUAGCUCGAGAUCUGAUCAUCUGCUUCUUUCGGCGGAGCCCCGGGAAUCGAUUCGAGCAGAGAAGAAGGGAAGGCCCUUGCUUUAAGGGUGGUUCAGGUAGGUAAGAGAUGCAUCGAAGCUUUAGGGCUCCGGAGGCCCCUCGAACUCAAGCGGCGACCACGACGCGGGGGAGGACCCUGGCCGCCGUCAUGAAGGACAAGGACGACGACCUCGCCCUCUUCCUCGAGAUGCGCAAGCGCGAGAAGGAGCGGAACGACCUCCUCCUCCUCUACAACUCCGACGAACUCGAUCCCCCAUUAGGGUCUAAACCUGGGAGCGCUCCCAUCUUCAAGAUCGUGCCAUCCGCGCCUGCACGCAAAGCUGGUGUCGAUGACUUCCUCAACUCCGACGGCGACAAGAACGACUACGACUGGCUUCUUACACCGCCCGGUACUCCACUUUUUCCAUCUUUGGAUAAGGAGUCUAAUAGAUCUCCAGGAGGCAAUAUUGGGACUCCAAAAGCUCGUCCGACAGUAAUGAAAUCUAGGUUAGCUAAUCCCUCAGACACUGCUUCAAGAAGUACCUUGUCCUCAAGACAAGCAACAUUAUCCAGUGGCUUGAAUUCAUCUGCUGUGGGAACAAGGAGGCCAUCAUCAUCUGGAGGUCCUACUCAUACUUCAUCAAGACCUGCAACUCCCACUGGGCGCCCUACAUUAACUGCCACUUCUAAAUCUUCCAGACCUUCCACCCCAACUUCCCGGGCCACAUUAUCUUCGAAGCCGGUGGUUCCUCCACCAAGAUCGUCGACACCCACUAGAUCUUCUACACCCACAUCCAAGUCUUCUUCGCUUGUCCCCAGCAGGCCCGCAUCGAGGUCAGCUACACCAACAAGACGGCCUUCUACGCCAUCUAGUCUGCCAGCCAGUUCUGCUCCAGCAGGUCGAUCUUCUUCUGUCACAAAGUCAGGCCCCGCGAUAUCAAAAAGUUCGGCACCAUCCCGUGGCAGCUCUCCAACUGUAAAAUCCAGACCAUGGAAACCUUCAGACAUGCCUGGCUUCUCCCUUGACGCACCUCCAAAUUUGAGGACAUCAUUGCCUGAUAGGCCCUCUUCAGCUUCUCGGGGUAGACCUGGAGCACCCAGCUCAAGAUCAUCAUCUUCAGUCGAGGGUGGACCUAGUGUUAGACCAAGACAGCAGUCUUGCUCUCCAUUCAGAGGGAGGGCUCCAGAUGGUAAUGCCCAUAAAGGUAGUUCCGUUCCAGCAGUUAGCAGAUCGCACUUAAAUGGCGGCGACAGCUUAAACCCUGUUCUAAUUGGAAAUAAGAUGGUUGAACGGGUAGUAAACAUGAGAAGACUUGUGCCCCCAAAGCAAGACGACCAACGAUCAACUCAUAAUAACCUCCCUGGGAAGCCAUCACUGCAACCGGAUAGCACUGGCUUUGGAAGAACACUGUCAAAAAAAUCACUAGAUAUGGCUCUGAGGCAUAUGGAUAUAAGGCGGAGCAUCCCAAACAGUUUACGGCCGCUGAUGACCAAGGUUCCAGCAUCCUCCAUGUAUAGCGUGAGGUCUGGGCCCUCAAGAAGCAAAUCAGUUAGUAUUUCCGACUCUCCUCUUGCCACGAGCAGCAAUGCUAGUUCCGAGCAAAGUGUGGAUAACCAUAUGAUAUGUUUGAACGGUGGUGAGCUUGAAGAUGAUCUCCGCAGCGAGAAAGGGGGCAGAUCCUCCUCUGCUGGUGCUGGGGCACUGCUCGCCAGAUGAACAAAUAGAAGAAGUACGCCUCUUGCUGUUGGCUAGUAUUUGCAAUCUAGGAAGUUAAACGCCCUUUACUUUUCCAUUUCUCCUACGGAUUGGCAGCAGAAGCAGCUAAGGAAGGCCACUUUUUUUUUUUUCCGGAUGACCUGAUUGAAUUCCUAUCUGUGUUGUAUCAAAUUGGCUGUCUGCCAUCAUGUUGUUGGCCUUUUUCCCAAUGAUACCAAGGCCUUAUUUAUGCAUGUGGAGAACUGUUCGAUGGUUUAAGGUUUUUUUCUUCCUCCUGCUUUGCCUAUACAACAUGAUAUUUUAA